CAGCCAAGCGCUGCCGUCGCCCAGAUCAGGCAGCGCAUUCACCAUUGCUUCUUUCCGAAGUCCUCCCAUCCUUCUCGCUCGCCAUCUGCAUUUCUUCUUUCCAAACUCCCCCUGCGCUCCCGUCGAGAAUCGUGUACCCCGCCCGCAAUCGGUCCCCCGCGCCAAGGCUACUCCACGACGCACAGCAGCACCUAUUGCCUGCAAGAGCCCGCGUUGGCAGCCAGGUUUUCGCGGUCGGACCUCCCAGACAUCCUCCACGACUGCGAUUGGGCUUACCCGAGGUCCUCGUGCCCUUGAACUUCCCUCGAUACCAGAAUGAGCGCUUCCCCCACGUCGAAAGAUGUACGACACGCCUCUCCAGCAACUCGCAAGUCUCCAGCAGCCUAUACGGUGAGCCCUCUGCUGCUGCCGGUCAGCGGACACCUCAGCCAGGACGAACCACGUCGAUCCUCUAUUCAGUUUCUGCCGCACAGAAAUGGAUCGCUACCCAGAGGGAGCCCAAAGUCCCGCGAAAAACGCCGUCUUUCGUCACCGCCUCCUCCUCCCGUCUUCCGACCCCGUGUCUCCUUCGACACUUUCGACAAGCCGGCCGACUUCAUCGAGGAGAGCUCGUUUACGCUCAUCGCCAAGCACAAGGACUACGAAUACACCAAACGCUCACGGACGUUUCUCUGCGGCUUUGACGAGAACGAAUACUCUGUCUACGCUCUACAAUGGCUGAUCAACGAGCUCGUUGAUGACGGAGACGAGAUCGUAUGCCUUAGGGUAGUGGAGAAAGAGGAUGCCAUCGCUGGAGACCGCAGUGUAGAGACAGGACGCUAUCGCACAGAAGCUGAUACGACUAUGAGAGACAUACAGAGCCGCAAUCACGACAACAAGGCCAUCAAUUUAAUACUAGAGUUCUCCGUUGGUAAGGUGAAUAAGGUCAUCGAUGACAUGAUCAAUCUUUAUGAGCCCGCAAUUCUAGUUGUUGGAACCAGAGGCAAGAGUCUUGGUGGAUUUCAGGGUCUGCUUCCCGGCAGUGUCUCGAAAUAUUGUCUUCAGCAUUCGCCUGUCCCUGUCAUCGUUGUCCGUCCUACAUCGAAACGCGACAAGGCGAGGAGUAAACGAGCAAACGAUCCAGACCGGCAGGGCUACAGAGACAUUCUCGCGAAGAGUGAAAGUCUUCUCGAUGUCAAUAGCCCUCGCAAUAGCUUCUUCGCAAACGACGAGGAAGCUACGGCUGUGGGGGCAAACAGCAGUGUGCACAAACCCUCUGUGGACUCACAUCCUCUGGCACAGGUCGCUCAUGCCGAUGACAGUGAUGAUGACGACGAUGCUGGCACGCACACGUUGGUUGACACAUUGAUUGACGACAUGCGGGGCCCGCGCAGCCCUGCUGUUCUUAUGAAGAGUCCACAUUUGCAGAACCUCGACAGCCCCGACCUCAGCAGCGAAGCCAGUAGCAGCGAUGAAGAGGACCACGGUGGCGUGUCGACGAACACAGCGGCCUCGGGCGUGGAAGAUCUAUCACCGGGAUCAGUAGGGGUAGACGCAACGUCGUACGUCGAUAAUCUCACAAAGGUCGUGAAAUCCGAGGAGCCUCAACAUGAGCCUGCGGCGCAGAAGGAUUCAGCAGGUACCUAGUGCCCACGCAGCGUGGUACCUUCUUCCUUCAUCGCCGUGUCAUCUAGUUUUCUUCCUAUUACUCCGGCCCAGUAGCGAGGAGAGUGAUGCCAUAGCAUCCUGUCAUAUACGUAGAGGAGAUGGGCGAUACAUGGCAUCAGGCCACCCCCAAUCAUGUUGCGAACAACUCGAAGGCGUCCGGACUACGGUGUCUCGUGCAACUGGAACUCAUUGAACAGGACAGAUAUGUCGGUAAUUGGUGGAUCUUUCAUCUUAAGAGUAGCUAGCAUGACAAACAUAAUGGUUAGGAU